GGAAGCCGCCGGAGGAGCCCCUGAGGAAAAGUCGCCCUUUCGCCGGGGAGACCCACUUCCUUCCCCGCCAUCAACGGCCGUUAGCCCUCUGUGGCAGGAAGGAAGACGGGAAGCUUGGUGGGGAGGAGCCGCCUUCGUCGCCGUCGCCCGGGCUGAGAGCUGCAGAGGAGGCCGCGGUGGCGGUGGCGGCGGCAGCAGCAGCAGCAACCGCCCUGGUUGGAGCUGGACAGCGAUUUCUCGCCCUCCCCACUUUUGGGCCCCAUCGCCAAAUUUUAUAAUGGCAAUGCAAGUGCUGGGACAGUCUGGUGGCAGUGGCCUGUUUCCUGGCAAUACCAACCUUGGCAUGGCUUUGUCAAAUGACAUGUAUGACUUUCCUGAACUUUCCAAAGCUGAGCUAGCAGCUCCGCAGCUUAUUAUGCUGGCAAACGUGGCCCUGACAGGAGAAGUUAAUGGCAACUGUUGUGAUUAUAUGGUUGGUGAAGAGAGGCAGAUGGCUGAACUGACAACUGUAGGCAAUGCCAACUUUUCAGACAGUGAUGGAGAAGGAAUAGAUGAAGCACAGGCCAUGGAGACUGACCAUAGAAGUCUGGAAGAUAUGAAUCUGGGAUCCCUUAGAGUUCCUGAGGUACGUAAUGUGGAAAUGGCAGGACUGACGGAGCCUUCUAUUCCUUAUAGUUGUAGCCAAGACCAGGGCUUCCCCUUGGAAGUGCCAUAUGCUCCAGAGAGUGCAGAUGACAGAUGUAAGAGCUUGAAGAACAAACCAUUUCGUUGUAAGCCAUGUCAGUAUGAGGCAGAGUCAGAGACGGAGUUUGUAAAUCAUAUUCGGGUACACAGUGCCAAGAGAUUCAUUGUAGAAGAAAAAGCUGAGAAGCAUGGCCAGAUUAAAGAAACUGCCUCUGGCACGACAGAGGAGGUUGAUUUCUCCAAGGGACCCAUAAGAUGUGUUCGCUGUGGCUACAACACUAACAGGUAUGAUCACUAUCUGGCUCACUUGAAACACCACAACAAAGCUGGAGAAAAUGAGAGGGUCUACAAAUGCACCAUCUGUACAUAUACAACUGUCAGCGAAUACCACUGGAAGAAGCAUUUAAGAAACCAUUUUCCACGUAAAGUGUACACAUGCUCACAAUGCUCCUACUUCUCAGACAGGAAGAACAACUAUGUUCAACAUAUUCGAACUCAUACAGGAGAACGUCCCUAUCAAUGUUCCAUGUGUCCUUAUUCAAGCUCUCAGAAGACUCAUUUAACCAGGCACAUGCGUACUCACUCAGGUGAGAAGCCAUUUAAAUGUGAACAGUGCAGCUAUGUGGCAUCAAAUCAGCAUGAAGUAACUCGGCAUGCAAGGCAGGUUCAUGAUGGGCCCAAACCACUGGCCUGCCCCCACUGUGACUACAAAACAGCUGACCGAAGCAACUUCAAGAAACAUGUUGAGCUCCAUGUCAGCCCACGGCAGUUCCUUUGUCCAGUCUGUGAGUAUGCUGCAUCCAAAAAAUGUAAUUUGCAGUAUCACAUCAAAUCCAGGCAUCCUGACUGUUGUGACAUCACAAUGGAUGUCUCAAAAGUGAGACUACGGACGAAAAAGAAUGAAGUGAAUACUUCUGUAAAUGUUAAUGGUGAUCAUAAUAAAGUGGAACAAGAACAAGCAAAGAAGGAGUUGACGGAAAAGAAAAGUGAGAGAGCUGUAAAAGAAGAGAACCUAUCAAAAGAAACGAAAGCAACUGGCAGUGUUGGUAAAGGCCAUGUGAAAACCCGAAGUCGCAAAACAGUUGCUGAAAGCAAGGAGGCAAAUGUAAAAAUGGAGAAAAUGACUGGUAAAAUAAAGAAAGCAAAGAGAAAAGCAGAGGCCAACUCUGUUCCUUUGACAAAAGGUUUUGCAACAGACACUGAUGUAAUAGUGAAAAAGAAAAAGAAAACAAAAACUGAGAAAAAGUCCCCCAAAUGUCAGGACUCUCAAAAGGGUGAAAGCAAAUUAGAAGUCACCAAAAAGCAAAAUUUUGGCCUUAAGAAAAACAAGAAAAAGAAAUAUCUGAAGAAUAAGACUGGAAAGAACAACAAAAAGCUUGAUUGUGAGAAGAUCACUAAUGAGAAGAUCAUAGAUGAGGAGCCUCUCCUUAAAGAAACUACUCUUAUACAAGAGGAGGAAAGUAAGACAACUGAUACUCCUUGCAGUGAACUUGAAUUUAUUGAUAACCUCAGUGUUGGAGAGACCCAGUCUGUUGCUGUGGAGAACAUGCAAGAUCAAGAGCCCCAGGCUACACAACAUGAGGCCAUAGACAUGGAGCUAGAGGUGAAAGACCAAGAAAUACCCAGGGCAGAAGAGGAGACUGAAAAAGCUCUUCCUCAUAAUAGAAUUGGAAUUGAACUGUUAGUCUUGCCUGGGAUCAGCUCUAAGAACUCAAAUACUACCUUGGAAAAAGAGACAGGUAUACUAAAAGAUGCUUUACCAGAUUUGUCCCAAAAUAUUCAAACUACACAAACUUGUGCAAUUGAAAUGGUGACUAAUCCUGAUUCAGUACAAGAAAUUGAGCCAAUACAAGUGUGUGAGAUAGGAACUGUGCAUAAUCCCCAUCCAGAAGAUGCCAAUUCUACAAAAGAAUUGCAGACUGAAGACCCAAGAGAAGCUUUUCCACCACAGUUGCCAGAAAAACUUGAGCAGAGCACUAAAGUAGACCUGGUUUCAGCAUCACCCAAUGGCACAGUAGUAAAUGAAAAUCAGGAAAUGGAGGAGGAUGAAGGCAUACACAGUCACGAUGGCAGUGAUAUCAGUGACAACAUUUCAGAAGGCAGUGAUGAUUCUGGAUUAAAUGGUGCUCGAACAGCACAGGAGAAAAAUCAGAAACCAUCCCAAGAAGUGGCAGAAGCCAAGGCCACAAAGGAGAACUAUGUGUGUAUAUUCUGUGAUCGUUCAUUUAAGAAAGAAGGUGAAUACAGUAAGCACCUGAAUCGUCAUUUGGUAAAUGUGUACUAUCUUGAGAAAGCAACAAAGGGGCAAGAUUAACCAAACUGGUUUAAUGACAGUUUAUUCUUCCUCUGUAAGAUCUAGAGCUUAGGUACAGUUCUUGUAGAAUCUUUGCUCAAGCUCAGUUUGCUUAGACUUUUAAAGUUGGUUGUGUUUUUCUGAUAUUUGGUGAAAUGUUGAAUUAAUUAAGUUAGUAUCUCUUUGAUUAGAGAGGGCAAAUAGGAUAUGUAACGCUGUGGCUUGUUAAAUUGGCAUAACUCCUUGGGAUAGAGUCCUGGAAUCACUUGAGUAUUUCUGUUGACUUACAACAGAACUAUUCACAAGUUAGUAGGUUUAGGAAUGUAGUCUUGGGGAACAAUCCACUGAGAGUUUCUCCUGCACAAACUCUGUAAAAAUUAAUAGAAGUGUGCAAAAGCACUGUUGUGGUUUUGCAGAGUCCUGUUUAUUUCCAUAGGACUGGAGCAGGAGAUGUUACCAGUUGACUGAACCCACUCUUUGGGUCUGUCCACUCAUUACAUUCCGGGAAGACAUUUCAGCCUGGUAUGAGUCUCAAGACAUGCUGUGCUCCUCUUUUCCCCUUUACUACUAGGAAAAAGUCAGAUGUGAGUCAGGAUUUAUUUGAAUGUGGUAUCUUCCUGAUUGCAUAGUCUAGACCUCCUUUCUUUGAUCUUUUUUAUACACACUUGCCACAAUGUGGAACCACUUUCCUGUUGUGCAGUUCUAAACCAUUGCAGUAUAGAUAAGACUUCCCACCCAGUAAUUGGGAAGGAUGGAGUGACUGGGCCUGCUCAUGUGGUUCUGGUAUUCAGAAUCCUCAGCUGUAUGGGGCCUUUCUGAAGACAGAUUGCGUAGUCAGGGAGCUAAUACAAUUCAGUAAAUGUAGCACAGCUUGGCCCACUCCUGACUUUCUAUGAUUGUUGAACAAAGGGUUAUAUAAAUGGAAUCUUAGAAUUGGGAAUGAUACUGCUCCAAUGGCUUCCAGAAGAAUCUGUCUUGUUUACCUGCACCUCUUAGUAUGGUGAAUGCUUAAAGAACUCAUUAGCUGAGCUACAAAAACUAUGGCAGAUUAUUUUGUAAAAAGAGCACUUUUGGAAAAAUGGUGAGGUUGGCUAGCAGAAAACUUAAUUGCAUGAUCGUAUAUUUAAUUUGCAUAUACAUUUCAGGUCUGCCAAUCAUGAUCAGCAAGCCAAAAUCUUGGGAGUUCUCUCUAUUGAUUGGUAAAUCCAUUUUUUAGUAAAUACUACUUUAAGACAAGGUUCUUUCUUUUUGUGCUUUAAGAGGAAAAAUGUUGCACAUAAUUGUUUUUAUUUUUACCUAUGCAGUUUAAGCCUUUAGGAGUUUAGUAUUUGUGUUUAUAUGUACACUUUUAUAUAUGCAUGUUUGAUUUUGUUAAUGGAUUUCUUUCCCUUAAUGUUGACACUUCCAGGUUUGUUGCUUAUCAUGGCCAGUAUUCUCUGUUUACCUUGACCACAAUUUCUGGUUCUGUGUAAUUUUUAAAGGUUUGUGUACUGUUGGAGUAGCUUUAAUAUGAUUUCGGAACAAAUGAUACCGUGAACAAUCUAUAGGAAUGUUAUCCACACAGAACCCAUUUAGUUGAAUGGGAGCUGUGCCAAGAGCUAAGUACUGUUCCUGCAUAGCUCUCAUUCACUUCAAUAGGGUUUGUGAAAGGGGAACUUCUCAGCAGAUUGUGUACCCAAGAAGAUUAGUCAUACAUAUCUCUAAAUACAUAAGUUUGAUAAUACAUUUAUAUGGUAUGUAUUUUCAUGCAGACAAUACUUCUGCUCUUUUACUGUAUGUUUAUUAUUCCUUCUGGAAGGCUACUGCUGGAGGGGGGAAUUCACAGACCCCAUUAAAAUGAAUAGAUUUCCCAGUAAAGGGGCUUGUGUGUUAAGUUUCCUGGGAUUGUGUCUGUUGAGUUGUAAGACAUCGUUAAAUAGCUUUUAUAGAUAGAAUAUCAAAAUUAGUACAACACAGAAUUGUCGUUUUUUAAAAUUCCCUUAAAAAUGCAUAUGAAUUUAAUAUUUGCAUAUGCUUUUAUCCAACUCACAUUAAUUCAGAAGGCCCUGUGCUGGAGAAUUUCCAGGUGGGUUGUGCUCCUUAUCUGCUUGAGAAAAUCAAAUGUUUGCAUUGACAUAAUCACUUAAAAUUCUAUGUAUUGAUACUAUCAGGAAAAUCCUGGUAAGCAACAAACCUAGAAUAAAGGAAGAUGUAGAAAUUCCUGUUCCUUAUUCAAUCAAGUUUUUAUGAAAUUAAUUACCCUUUAUAGUUGACAUAAAAAGGAAUAGAAAUCAUCUGGCAUUUGAGUUGUAAAUUUGCAGACACAGAGAAGAGUCAAGAGUAACUUUAGAACAGAUUUAUUAUCAGUGAGGCUUCAUCUAUUUGGACUAUGUGAGCAAUGAGAAACCUGCAGAUAUUUCACAAAACUGUGGAAGCAGCCUUCGUCAUGCAUCCACCCCCUUUCAAAUUUGUUUUUUCCCUAUGUUUGUAGGUAUAAAUGUAAUUGUGCAAAGCAACAGUUGUGGAAGCUUGCCCUGUGAAUGGGCACAUUCUAUCCAAGCAGCCUCUGCCAACCUGGUUCCCUCCAGAUUUUAUACUACAACAGCUGGAGGGCACCAGGUUGGUGAAGGCUGAUCUGUCAGGACAUUUCUCUGGGACAAACCCCAUGACUGUACUCUGGCACUGCUUUUGUUCACUUAUUAGGGCUUCUGCAGGAGAAUAUCCUGCUAGAUGUGCCUAGAAAUGGCUAUCAAGAUAGUUUUAUCACCUGGUACAAAAAUAUGAAAGCAGACUUAUUUUUUACCUUGGAGAUUGCUAAGAUUGCAUUAGUUUGAGAGGUAUUCAGUCUCUUUUGCUCCUCCCUCCUUUCUGCUGGUCUUUUGUGGUUCUAUUUCAAUGUAACUUGACUGAAUACAGGAACCUAAUACUUCUGUGCGAGAGGGUGGUGGUGUUCUAAUAGGAGGCCAAAGAUCUGAGGGAUAAAAAUCCCUUUAGGGCAGAAAUUAAUUGUAUAACAUUAGUUAUUUGUGUGUGAAUAGCUUAUGUUCAAUACUUAACUUGGCUGUGACAAUCAUUGUCAACUGAGAAUCAAGUUGCAACUAUAUUUAUGUUGAACCAUUAAACACUGCUGAAUUGUCUUCCUAACCAAUUAGUUGGAAUAGUAUUAGACACAACUUUAUUGUUGGAUGUAAAAUAUUGUCAUUUUGUAAAAUAUUGUCAUUUUGUAAAAGGUUUGAACAGAGGCUGGAAACUCCAGUAUUGUGUAGAGUUUGUUGAGCUCUUCCUAUUUUUAAAGAGAUGUUUCCACAUUGUAAGCGCCUUUGUAAGCGCCAUUUUUAAUGAAUCUUUUUAAACCAAGUUGGUUGAAAGAUAGAGGCAAACAGGUGUCAGUAGUGGUAAUGACAUUAGAUGACUUGACAUUACAUGAAGAUGCUGUUGUUACUCAGAAUACGUUAGCAAAUGUUCAGGAAUAAAGAUUUCACACUAGAAAAGACAGUAAAUGUCAGUGCCUAUGUUGGGCAGUGUUCUUGAGCAUGAGUGCAAAACAGUUAAGUAUUAAAAGAAUAUCUUCUAAUGAUGUAAUUGUUGUCCUGAGAUAUAUUGCAUAUUGUGAUUGACUUGAAAUUCCUGUACGCUCUUACCAUGUUGUUUUGUUAGACAAGAAGGGGCUACAUAUAUCAGUUGAACCGUUUCAAGAUAUACCGCUAAAAGAUGGAACAUCACUCCUGUCUUAAUAUUAGAUAUUGGUAUUGGAUAAACAAAGCUAGGAUUAAAAUAUAGAUAACACUGUGUUUCUGCCUUAAGUAGAUAUUUCUUAAGUUGAACACUGAGAUUGUCACAGGAAUUUUGUAUACACUUUUCCAGCUUCUUCCUUUAUUAAAGGGCUUCUCUCAGCAGCAGUACCUGUCAUAGCAUGCCAAACUGAUACAUCCUGCAUUAUCUCAUGUUGUUGAGCAGUAUAGCUAGUAGAACUUUUAGUGUUUGUGGAAACACAAACUCAAUGCUACUAGUAACCUAAAGAAUAGAUAAUUAGGAUCUUGCAACACAUCUUAAUGUUGCUGCUAUUUAGGGGUUGAUUGACGUAAGGGCUGGAACUUUAAAUCCUUUUUACAGAACAAACUGACAGGUCAGUUAAAACUCAUAAUGCUUUUGAUUUCGGUAUGUUAAGUUUUUCUGAUGUGUUGUAAAGACAGGUUCAGUUAGAUUUAUUGAAUCUUGAUUGUGUAGCUAACAAGCUGAAAUACAAUAUUAAUUUCAUCCAGGUAGUUUAAGGAAUUGUUUAAUAAUUGUGUAUAUACACCUUUUCCUCCCCUAAAAAGAAAAUCACACUAGCUAAAUAACUUUUUGUAAGCUGGCACUGAAACAUUUUGUUUGGUUGCACCGUGUUUGAAGCUUUUUACAGUGCAAUACUUGUAUUAUUCUGUCAAUUUAAACCAAAGGUAAUUUUUUUCAUGCUUUCUAUCUACUGUAGUGCAUGAAGAGCUUUUGUACGUUUGUUAUAGAUGUAAAAUCAGACCAGAUCACAUAUCCUGGGUUUUUUAUUUACCUAAACUAUGUACAAGCCUUUGUCAAAAAUGUAAGGUGUUAAACUAUUAAACUAAAUUGCAUUAUUAA